AUGAUUCCUGAAGAAAAACCAAUUAUUAGGGAGAAGUCAGAAAUUAUAUAUGUAAAAAUGGCGGAAGCAUUUCAUCAAGAAGUCCCUCUCCCACCUCCUUGUGUUUGUUCGGCUGAAGACUUAGCGCAAGCAUCAGAUUCAGCACAAAUUGAAAAAAUGGCACCGCCUGAUGUGGCAAAUAACAUACUUGAAAUCAUCCUCAGCUAUGAAAACAAGUUAAAUCAUGCUUUGGCAAACCCACCAAUUGAAAAUAAAAAAGAAUUGAAAAAAGAAAAUCCGCAAACUCAGAAAAAAUCACCACGAGAAUCUGCUGCAAGUGAAGUUCAUAGAAAAUUAGAUGAUUUACCACCUGUUCAGCUAUUAGGAAGCUCGAUUAGCGCUGAAUUUGGUAUGCAUGAUAUUUUGUCAAUUAAUACGAAUGUUAUACCUUGCACAAUAUCGAAAUAUAAAUUUGUUCAUCCUUUACAAAGUGCAAAUGAUUUCAAUGGCUCAAUAUCAGAAUUAUCACAGCUCAUACUAUCAAUUCAACAUGUGUUUAAGAUUAAAUGUCCAAUAACAGUUAUUCCGCUUCCACUCAUGCCUAUUUUACGAGUUAAAGAUUCUAAAUUCCGUCUUUGGUUUAAUUCUUCGCUUGAACAAAGGAAAGAACUGACUGAUCUAUCAUUCAACAUAUCUACAUUCAUCCAAUAUAUUGGUCUUAUUACUAAAGAAGCUGCAAAAAUGUUGAAACAAGAUGAACCUGAAAUCCACGAAAGUAUUUUACCAAAACUCAUCUUAUCUACUAAUAUGGAUGAAAUUAACCAUAAGUGGAAUGAUUCUGCUGUAGAAAUUCUAUCUUUGGCUAGAUUAUGCAUUCAUUUCUUAUCAUUACUUGGUGAUCAAGUAUAUUAA